GCCCCCCCAGGCUGCCCCCGAGCCAGCCGAGCCCCCGACCCCUUCUGCGGAGUGGGGGAAGAGCAGGGCCCUGGCACCCCAGCUCCUCUGGAACUGGACGGAGAAGCCCCCGUGGAGGAGGUGGUUCUUGGAGAAGAAGGGCAGGAACCCUCCCAAAGUGAAGCCUUCCCCGAGGUUGAUGGGGCAGUUCCCAAACUUGCGCCUAGGGAACCCACGGAGGAAGUCUUGAAGGAGCCAGACCCGGAAUGUGAGGAAUACUAUUCCUGGAGCUAUAAUUUCUCCCAUUCUCCACGCCUUCUCAAUGGCUCCUGGUCAGAGUUCAGCUUACAACCUGAGAACUUCUUAAAAGGCUGUAAAUGGGCCCCAGAUGGCUCCUGCCUCUUGACCAACAGUGCCGACAACACCUUGCGGAUUUAUAACCUACCCCCAGAGCUGUAUAAUGAGGAGGAAGAGCUCAAGAAUACGGAAAUGGUACCAGUUUUGCGCAUGAUGGAAGGUGACACUAUCUAUGAUUAUUGUUGGUAUCCUCUGAUGAACUCAGGCCAGCCAGAUACGUGCUUUGUGGCCAGUAGCAGCCGUGAGAACCCUAUCCAUAUUUGGGAUGCCUUCACCGGGCAGCUUCGGGCCUCCUUUCGGGCCUACAACCACCUGGAUGAAUUGACUGCUGCCCAUUCUCUCUGCUUCUCUCUGGAUGGCUUGAAGCUCUUCUGUGGCUUCAACAGAACCAUACGGAUCUUCUCCACAUCCCGACCUGGGAGACAAUUUGAAACAAGACCCACAUUUGCCAAAAAACAGGGCCAGAGUGGGAUUAUUUCAUGCAUUGCAUUCAGCCCAACCCAGCCUCUCUAUGCCUGUGGCUCCUAUGGCUGCUCCCUUGGUCUGUAUUCCCAGGAUGAUGGCUCUGCUCUUGCUCUGUUUUCGGGGCAUCGUGGAGGCAUCACCCACCUUUGCUUCCAUCCUGAUGGCAACCGUCUCUUCUCAGGGGCCCGAAAGGAUGCCGAACUCCUGUGCUGGGAUCUCCGGCAGCCAGGCCAUUUACUUUUGUCCUUGACCCGAGAAGUCUCUACUAAUCAGCGGAUCUACUUUGACCUGGACCCGACAGGACAGUUCCUAGCAAGCGGCAGCACUGAUGGAGUUGUGUCAGUAUGGGACACCAGUAGGACUGGGGAAAACCAGCAGGAGCCACUGAUGAGUUUUCUACCUCAGAAUGACUGCACCAAUGGCGUUAGUCUCCACCCAAGCAUGCCUCUGCUGGCCACAUCCUCUGGCCAGCGAGUUUUCCCUGAGCCGACGAACAGUGAGGAUGAAGAGGGGCAGGCCAGCGGGGUUCCCCUGCUGUCAGUGAGCCAUGCCCAUCCCGACUUUCGCCUCCAGCUGUGGUGGUGUGGGGGUGCCGCAGACUUAGAAACCCCUGACUGCAAAGAAAUGGGCAAGGAAGAUGGUCCUGGGGGGGGAGAAUGUGGGGCUGUAUAAAGGUUUUUGGAGAUA